AUGGCGCAGAAGCAGCUUGCAGUGGACGCCCAGAGCCACUCUAGUGGUGAUGCUUCCAAAGCGACAAAUACACCAGGCACUGGGCCUGUCGACCAGGAUGAAUACCCUCCAACCUCAAAGGUCAUUGUCAUUAUUGCUGCCAUGAUGUGUACCGCUUUCCUGGUUGCUUUGGACCGUCUGAUCAUCGCAACUGCCAUCCCCGUCAUCACCAACCAUUUCAACUCCCUGGCUGACGUGGGAUGGUAUGCAUCGGCCUAUCUCCUCACAAUGUCCGCAUUCCAACUUCUCAUCGGCCGCAUCUAUACCUUCUACAACCCCAAAACAGUCUACAUUGCCUGUGUCGGGAUAUUCGAGCUGGGCUCGUUAGUCUGCGGCGCUGCACCGUCCUCCACCGCUCUGAUUGUUGGUCGUGCGAUUGCUGGGGUGGGCAGCGCGGGCAUCUUCUCCGGGGCCGUCAUAAUGAUCGUCUACCUCGUCCCGUUGCAGAAACGACCCGCCUGGACCGGCAUUUUUGGCGCAGUAUUUGCAAUCGCAUCGGUCGCUGGGCCCUUGCUGGGUGGUGUGUUCACCGACAAGGUCUCUUGGAGGUGGUGUUUCUAUAUCAACCUGCCCAUCGGUGGAGCUAUGAUGGUGGUGCUGUUCUUCGUGCUUCACCUUCCAGCCACGGCAACGGAGAGAACCAAGGCCCCCUUCAAGGAACAACUCCGAAAACUCGACCCUAUCGGGACGGCAAUCUUCAUUCCUGCAAUUAUCUGCCUCCUCCUGGCCCUGCAGUGGGGUGGCACCACGUACAGCUGGUCCAACGCCCGCAUCAUCGUUCUGUUGAUCCUUUCGGGAAUCCUCUUCGGGAUCUUCGUGUACCUCCAACAUGUCUUUCAGGAAAGCGCCACCAUUCCGCCACGAAUCAUCAAGACACGCUCCGUGACCGCAGGCGUGCUGUAUGCCUUCUUCAGCGGAUCAGGGAUGAUGACCAUCGUCUACUUCCUCCCGAUCUGGUUUCAAGCCAUCAAAGGGGUCUCGGCUGUUCACUCUGGAAUCAUGAAUCUUCCAGCUGUAUUGGGCAUCACAGCCGCCUCCAUGCUCUCUGGCUUCGGAACCCGCAAGAUUGGAUACUUCACGCAAUGGAUGUACCUUUCAUGCAUCCUGGGGUCCAUUGGGGCAGGUCUCAUCACCACCUUUAAGACUUCUACAACACACCCCAAGUGGAUCGGAUAUCAGGCUCUUUGGGGGCUGGGGUUGGGUUUUGGGAUGCAACAGCCCAGUGUAGCUGCACAAUGCGCACUGGCCCGCAAGGACGUGCCCACGGGUGCGUCGAUGAUGUUCUUUGCGCAAACACUGGGUGGAUCCAUCUUCGUCAGUGUCGCCAACAACAUCUUCGACAACAGCCUGGCGUCGAACCUGAAGGCAAUCCCUGGUGUCAACGCGCGCGUGGUCACACAUGUCGGGGCCACCGACCUUCGCUCUAUUGUGUCUCCCCGACUCUUGCCGGCGGUGCUCGUUGCAUACAACGACGCGCUGCGAAAUGCCUUCUACGUCGGUGUGGCGGUCACUGCAGCAACCAUCCUCGGCGCCCUGGCCAUGGAGUGGAAGAGCCUGAAAAAGGUCGCAGCGGCGCAACAAGCCGCGGCCAAGGCGGCGAGGGAGGCUGCCGCGAGCGAGCAGGGCGAGAGCAAGCCCGGCUCGGCUGACGGGACCGACACGGAGACGAAGGUGGCCGACGAACGGAAGGAGCAGGAGCCGGUGGAUGAGAAGAAGCAAGUUGUCGAAGAAGUUUAG